AUGGAAUCCGCCGAAAUCCAAGGGACCCCUGCGCCAUAUGGCCGCGCAUGUAUGAACUGUUCCCGUGCUAAGUGCAAGUGCAUUAUCCCCACAACCGGUAAUGGCUGCGAAAGAUGCCAGCGCUUGAACAAGGAAUGCCGGCCUGCCCAGACGGUCCGCAAGCGCAAUAAGCAGCCGUCGGGUUCUAAUACUGCCUAUCUCGAGGCCAAACUUGAUUGGAUUAUGUCCGCAUUUGAGAAGAGUGGUGUCAACCCCGGUGUUCCUCCAGAGUGGCAACCGGUAAACCCAGGGCAGAGUCAACGGCAUGAUCCAAGCCCAUCUGCACCAACCACUCAAACCUCACCUAGUAUUUCUCCUCUUUCACAUACCGAGGAUGUACAGUAUCCUGCACACUUUCUGCCUUCGUAUGAUCAGGAGAUCUUGUCCUUGAUCUACAUCCCGCCCGUCAUGGCUCAGAAGUGCCUCGACCAGUUCCGAACAAUACCCAUUCCUUUGGUGGUCGCCGAGCUUGGGAUCAAUCAAAGUGGCCUAAAUGAUCAUUCGGCCAUGCUUUCUUUCAAACUCGCUAUUGGGAUGAAGCAAGCUCCACCCGCCCCCAGAACACUGGAAGAAAGGAGGGCUGUGCUGGGAUGCUUCUUGCUUUCAUCAAGCGUCGCAGUGGCAAUAUCCAGGAUCGACGCUAUGCGUUGGACACCGCACAUGGAAGAAAGUCUUUCAGUACUCACCGAGGCUAAAGAGUGCCCCCAAGAUGAGCUCUUGAUUAUACUAGUCAAGAUUCAUUUGGUCUUAGACAGAGUUUAUCAACUGCGGCGGGAUGGUGAAGCUUUUAUCUCGCUAGCCUUCUACCUGGACAGCUUCAAAAAUCAAUUAGACACAGUGAAGAGCCAAAUUCCGCCUCGCCUUCAACAUCACAGAGUCGUUCUGAUGUAUAUCUACAAUGCCGAAAUCAUAAUCAACGAACUAUCAAUAGGAACCCCCGCCAUUGCCCAUUCGCCCGAUCCCCAUCGCCUUGACAGCCUUUACACCUCCCUCCGAGCAACAAAAGGCUGGCUAGAAUUAUGGCUAGAACUUGAAGGAGGGGAAUACCUACAGUUAUCAUGUUUAAUUUUUUUCCAAUUCACCCGAGCCAUGGUCAGUUUGUAUAGGCUCACCAUUUUGGACGACCCGGCAUGGUCCAAAACUAUGGUCCGAGACACGGCAAAUAUCCUCGAAUACCUGGACAGAAACGAAGCCGUCCUCCGAAGGUGCCCAGAAUAUAUCACUUUCGACCAAAGCAGGGAAAUGAAUAUCCUCGAAAAGGGACUGAGACUAAUUCAAGGCAUGAGAAUGAACUGGGAGCCGAAAUUGCUGCAAAUGUGGCGCCCAAAUAUGCCCGCGCACAACGCGAUAAAUGGUGGCAUGACCCAGUCUGAUGCUAUACUCCCUGACGUUAUGCCUUUGGAUGGGAUUGAUGAGGCCUGGAUGAUGGAAUUCCUUGGAUCGUUAUAA